AUGGAGGAACCAACCCCGAGUGAUUUAAUUUGUGUCGAGAAGAAUGAUAAUUUGUCGGAAGCUGAAAAGGCGGUGAAAGAAUAUCUGGGAAAGAGAUAUGAGGUGUGGUUGACUGAUGGUCGAAUUGUUCGCGGAACAUUAGUAUGCACUGACAAAGAUGCGAAUAUGGUCUUCAUUAGGACUGAUGAGCGAUGGCGAGAUUCCCAAGAUAUGCGUUGGACCGGUCAAGCAAUGAUCGCGAAGCGCCACGUUACCGGAAUGUACCUUCUGCCGCCGCCGCCACCAUCAGCAAUCCCGACAACGUCGGAAACGGCCGAAUAA